UUUUUUAGCUUAUUUACAAUUAGAAUAGUAUUUAUCUCUUCAAAAAUGUCAAGUGGAUUUAUUCUUGCAGCAAUGGGUUUAGCAGCAGCUGGUUAUGGUGGACGUUAUCUUUUAAGAAAUAAACAAAAUUUAACAAAAAUUUAUGGAAUUUUACCAAAAACAUCAAUGGAAGAUUUAUUCUUUUCAAAAUAUGAAAAAGGAGGUUUUGAACAAAAAAUGUCGAGAACUGAAGCAGCAAAAAUUCUUGGUGUUAGGCCUUCUGCAAAAAUUGAUAAAGUUAAAUUGGCUUACAAAAAAGUUAUGAUUGCUAAUCAUCCUGAUAGAGGUGGCUCCCCUUAUAUCGCUUCAAAAAUAAAUGAAGCAAAAGAUUUGUUAGAAGAACAACGACAUUAA